AUGCGCACAAUCUUUUAUUCAUCAAAAAAUGCCAAAAAAAAGAAAAGCAAGGGAAGCAAGUUGGCUCGCAUGAGUGAUGAGGAACGUGCUCGCUACCUGCAGUAUCGAGCCGAAUUAGAAUUAGAGGUCAAACGACGUAAACAACAAUUGAUUGCUGCUUUUACUAAGAAUAAAUUAAAACGUGAAGAAGCGUUCUCGCGAUUAAACACUGCCAAGAUCAAUGAACAAUGGCGAUUCAUUCUACGUCGAAUAAAAUGCAAAGAACUUCACGAAGACGUGAAAUAUCUAUGGAACAAUUUCGAUCGUAUGAUAAAAACGAAAGAUCUUGUGAUACAGCGUUUGUAUAGUGAGUUAGAAGCAGCCGAUGUGAAUCAUAGAAGACUACAAGAAGCUCACAUUCAAAUGAUGGAUUUGAUAAUUGGUAAAAUUGUAUCGAUAAAUUUAUAUUAUCUGUACCAAUUAUUAAUUAUUAAUAUCAUAGGAAGAUAUAAACAGAAGUGUAUUCAUCUACACGAGUCUUUUGCACACGAACGCAAUCGUGUCAUUUCGGAUGAAACGAACAAAUUAAACAGAGUACGAAAGAAUUUAGAGCAGCAUUGCGAUCAGUUGCAGAACAUAAUUUUUGGGCAAGAUAAGAAGAUAGAGAAUAUAUUAAUGCAAACGAAAAUCCAGAAUGCCGUUAAUAUAUAUAAUAUCGUAUACUUGAAGGAGGAUGCCUUGUCGCGCUUGAUGCAUUAUGUUUCCAAUGAGGUCGAGGAAUUGUGGCGACAGCUUAGUGAAACGAUAAUUGAAUAUGAGAUCAAUACAGGAGACAAGAGAAAGCAAUACGAAUACUUAAAAGAACAGGACGACGCUCAUCGUGCAGAUGUGGCACGAUAUCCAAGAUUACAAGUGCAAUUACAAGGCAUGAUUAAGAAUCUGAAACAGGACAUACACGUAUUAUCACAGAAGAGAAAGCAACGUAUAACGGAAAUGAAUAAUCAGAUUGUGCAUAUGAGGAAAAGAGCUAAAAAUUUGAGACAAAUGUUUUCUGUUAACCAAGUGCUGGAUGCCACCCAAUUGAAAAAAUUGACUAUUAUCAAUACCAGCGUUUUAAAAAAAUUACAGAGAAUUUCAGACAAAGGAUCAUCGUUGCUCUCGUUGCUAAGAAGGUGCUCAAGUUUGGAACCAUUUUCACUGACCGUUCAAAAGUACACUUUACGUGAUACAGGAUCCAGAAGAGCAUUUAUAAACUGCGUAAGUAUUGUACAGUAUGUCUUGUGUGUGUACGUGUACAUCCAGCUUUUGAAAAAAGUUAAAUACAAUUAUUUGCAGAUGUCAGAACCAUUUGACAAAUUGGACAAAUUUUGGGAACAAUACAAUUAUAUCAAAUCUGACAAUAUCUUCAUGAAAAAAGAAUGCGUUAAUCUGUCCUUCGAAAACAAACAAUUGCGAAACACCUUGCGCACGUAUCUCUUAACUGUUUCUAAAAUCCCGACCGCACGACCACUUAUAUCUACUUCUGUAUAAACGUAACUAUAUUGAAUAGAAAUAACACAGUAAAUAUUCUUUAAACUUUAUAUGAAAAAA